UAUAGGAAAAAGCAAAACAAAAAAACCCACACCCUACGAAACCAAGACACUCUACUGCACAUUUCUCCCUCUGGGGAGGUGAUGAGAGAACAAACGUGACAGAUGUUAGUCACAUUGCUUAGUGCACUACUAGAAGUCUCACAGAUACUUAGAUGAUGAGCGUGGUGUAAGAUCCUGCAUAGAACAGAACAGAAAUAUGUUACUGUUCAGAAGAGGGCAGACAUACACAUGAGACUGCUCUUAGGCACAGAUCCCCCUUCUGUAUGCUCAGACCUUCCUCUGUACUUGCCAUGGCUGGAGAAAUAGUUUAUGCUGAUUUAAACAUUCCUGGAGCCAGUUCCUCUUCAAGGUCACCACAACGAUCUCAGCACCUCAGUUCCCCUCCGUGUCCCUGGUGGCAUCGCAUCGCUGUAGGGGUCGGAUGGACUGGGAACAUCGUCCUGACAAUAGCUGUGAUAGCACUGGGCGUUUGGGGAAAGACCAGAGGAACUCUGAAUACAUCGGAGAAUAAUGAAACCAGAAUCAACAGCAGCACUGCAUGCUCCUGCCCAGAUGAUUUCCGGUCUCACCUGAAACCAAUUCUUUGUGAACCCCACAAUGACAGCUUGGCAGAGGGAUCCAAGUGCAAACUCUGCCCCAGGGACUGGCUGCUGCUUGGGGACAAGUGCUACUGGCUGUCUAAAGAGAGUAAAGACUGGGCUGGGAGCCGUGACGACUGCUUGUGGAAGAGCUCUCACAUGCUCGUGAUCCAGAACUGGGAGGAGAUGGCUUCCAUACAGAAUGUUACACAAGGUGUAAAUUGUGCCUGGAUUGGACUUAAAGUGACACCCCCAGGGGGGAAAUGGACCUGGGUGGACGGUUCCCCAUUAGAUCCAAUGCUCUUCUCAGGCUCAACUGAUGGGAACAGCUGCGGUUGUAUAAAAGGCACCCAGAUUCUGUCUGAGACGUGUUCUGCUGUGCUCAAAUGGAUCUGCCAGAAAGAAGCUGCUGUGAUAUAAACAAUUGGGCUGAGGAUCUUUAUUUGUGUAUCUGUAACAUGAAAUACUGGUGUUUAGGCUCCCGGGGCGGGAUUGUGGCUUUAGGCGGAGCUCUAAGCCAGGGCAGAGCAGAACCCCAGGAGGGACUGGGACUCAGGUACACCUCACAGUCACAGUUCCUCCCCUCGGUCCUUCUUUCUGGUUUGGGGUGUUGAGUUGUAAUUUAUAACUGUCCUAAACCUGGAAGAAAUUACUAACCCGUGAUGCUUCCCAGGGCAGUGAGGCAUCUCGUGACCAGAGGUGAACGUAAGCCAGUACGGGCUGGUACGGCAUACCGGUAAGAAAGUGGCUGCUGGUACGGGUCGGUACACAGCACUGCGGCAGUGCUUUAAGCACCGUAUCGGCAGGGCUGCUGAUGUGGGGCGGGGCAAAAGGGGCAGCUGCCCCAGGGCCUGGCAAUUUAAA